AGUGGCCGGCCGUCCACCGUGCCGUCACAAACAGCGCGCCUAUCUGUGAGAGAUCAGCGCGGUGACCGGCCGGCGCGGCUGGGACGGACGGGCCACGCGCGGCCGCCGCGCCGGUAACGGUGCCACGCCGAGCGUCCGGCCGGCCGGCCGGCCGGCGCCGCCCCAGCUCAGAGCAGCGCCGGCCGCCGAGCGAGCCACACAGUCCCGUCUCUCCUCUCUUCCCCUCUCCGUCUGCGCUUCCCACGACUGUCCGUCGGCGCCCGCUCUGUCGCCGGCUGUCACGACCUCUCGUGCCGCUCGGCUGCUCUCGGCUGUCUCCGGCCAGGGUCACUGACUGGCGUUCUCUCGCGGCUCGGACCGGUACCGCGCUCUGAAGACGGGUGUCAGCGCGACGCGCGGUGACGGCAGAGGGUGGUGACCGAGCCGGGGAAUCGUGCUGACGGUGCGGAGAGUCCAGUGUGGGGUGGAACGAGGCGACAGGCUCGACUGACCCGACUGAGGUGGAGCAUAGACAAGAUGCAGACGGAAACGAGCCUCGUCUUAUUGGCGCUGGUGGCGGUCGGUGCGGCGAACGAGUGUGUUCGCGCGGGGGAGGGCAGGAUGGCCAACCUCUGGGGUGACGCGCUCACCAGUUUGGAUUGCAACGGACCGGACGGCAGGCCCUACCCAAAGGCGGCGGUGGACGCCCUGGUCCGCAGCAUGGCUCCCAGCCGGCGGGGGCGCACCAUGUUCCGCACCAAGGACCCGCUGGACGUGCGGAAGGCGCUGCUGAACCAGUACAGCGCCCUGCAGUUCGGGGAGGACCUCAGCACUCUCCACCACAGGACAGCUCGGGCCGUGGCUGCCAACACCACCACGCCCACCACCGCCGCCCCAGCCACCACAAAGAAGACCACCACCAAGAAGUCGGGCAUCACCACGGCCAAAACGACCACGGCCGCCCCUCCGAGCGCCGACCCCGCGACGGCAUCGUGCGCCGGACCACCGGCUCGUCUCUGCAAGACGCGCUACAACACCACGGCACCCAUGUUCGGCGUGUCACUGACAUCGGGAAAGCCGGUGACGAUCGUACAAAAGUUCCCCGACCUCCUGCAGCAAGUCAUCUUCGAGGUUUGCGAGACGAAGCAGUGUGACGUGCUGCACGGCGAGUGUGUGCAGACCUACACGCCACACCUGUUCCUGGUGAUACCUCUCGGCCCGGUCACCCUCACAGGCCAGGACUACGUGCUGGUCGAGUCCGGCUGCGUCUGCCGACCCAAGUACACCGUCCAGGACACCGCCCUGCCACUGGACAGCUUCAGCGGCCGCUGAGAGCGCCGCCCAGUGGUCGCUGGUGGAACUAUGACGUGAUAGAUGUCGCCGCGGUGUGGCGACGAGCUGGCCCGAGCCGGGCAGCGCUGGCAGCGGCAACAUUGCCGAAUUGAGCGAUAUCGUGUGUGUCAGACCAAUGAUCAUGCAGCAGGAGACAUCCCUGUCCAUGGAAACCAAAUCCUUGUUGGAUAGGAGUUGAGUUACGGUCGGCGUGUGUACAAGGUUUCCAGACGUAGUGCUGCUGUGUGUUUGUUUACUUGUGAAAUGAGCUAUGUUGACCUGAACCGGAUGCAUUAAUCGCUACGAGACACACUGUGUUCGACCGGACUAACACUGAAUGGUGGCAUUUACCAGCAUCUCUCUUUUCCAAACCUCAGGACUUGCCCAUCCUCAUCCUUUAUCAUUCCAUCCUUAUUCCGAGCUGACGGUCAUCCCACCCCGGCACCUGGUCAAGGCAGCUCCAAUAGGAGCAUACCUCUCGUUGACGACCGUUAGCCCGACUGGGUGGCCACUGGCCAGAGCCUGCCUCACCGAGGUGGUCGGUGGAAGUCCCGCAUAGACAGGCCAAUCAUGCUCAAUGCUCAUGUCUCCCUUAUCCAUUUCAUUCCAUCUGGCAUGACCCUAAAUGAUCCUAACCUAACUGUGGAAAACAAUAUGACCAACUAACAACAAAAAUCGACCAGCAAGAAUGGCAUGUUUAGUAUUCGUAGGCCGUAGUACUUUGACGUUGACAGUUACAGUAAUUUUCAAUAUCAAGCAGCCUCUUUAAAACUCGAAUUAUCUUUUGAUGAUCAAUGACCUAAGGCAAUUGAGCAUUGGAUAAAUUGUCAAUCAGGUUGUAUACAGCAAUAACUAAAUCAUUUCAGUUCUUUGGUCACAUAAACUAAUCGGUAAGGCACCGCAUACAAAGAACUUGGUUUGUCUCCCAGAAAAUGAUCCCUAACAUUCUAGUAAAACCUGAACGGCCAGCUUGCAUCUGUGACAUUAUUUGUUCGAAAGCAUAACACAUAUUUGUGAUGAAAUUGCGAAGAAGCAUGAGAUUGAGACUUAUUCACAAGGUGUUGCCGGCAACUUUGUAACGAUGGUAAAAUGCGUGUGUUGUUUUGUUACCUAGGUGUUUGAUGUGCAGUUAUUUAUUUAUAACAUGCUAUACAAUUAAGACGUGCUUGAAUAUAUUGGCUGAGCGGUAUUUGUAUUAUUGCCUUGCCAAAUAUAUCGUAAAAAUAGCAA